UACGAAUUUUUCGCUCAUGCAUUUAUCACCCUGGUUACAAUUUUAUGUACCCAAGUUAUGAAAUUAUAACAGUUUAUAUCAAUAAGACGUGACAAAAUACAAUUUUAAGUUUAAUUAAAUUAAACAUUUUCACUUGUAAAACUUACACACUGCAAAAAAAGAUAAAAAAUAUAAAACAACAAAUAUAACUUAUCAGCUAUUAUAUACCUAUUCGGUAGGCAUAAUAAAAUAAUAAUAUUUUCACAGCAACAUUGUAAUUAGGCGUAGGUAUAGCUGGAAAUGAUGAACAUCAAAUUAUGGGAACGACGACGUUGUGACAAUGAUAACAUGAUGAGAACAAUAAAGCGAACUGGCAUGGUCACAGUUAACCGGAAUUGUCUGUCUCAAAUACAACAUACGGCAUUGCUGUCCACGCCUAAAGGGCACGUAUGGACCCAUUCACGUAGUUUGAAUUUCAUAAUGGAAAAAUGUCGGAAAACAAGUGGGAUCACUUUGAAUUACCGUCGCCGUGAGACCGGAAAACACUCAUUCUUUGAAGUAAAUACGACGAUGUGGCCUCUUUUUGUAAAACAAUUUCUAAAACAUGGAGAAUACAGUUUAGCUCCAGCUAUCAGGAUAAUAUUAUCAAAAAUAUUACCCUCAAGAGUGAAUUUUUCUGACCAGAAAUGGUCUAAAUACAGAAACACACAAACGGAGUUAUGUCGUUUUUUGAGGAAUUUGAAUCCAGAAUGUGAUUCAAUCGAUUGGAAGGGCGAUUUUUUCAGAACUUUGUCAUCUUUGAUAUUUAAUUAUAUGGUUCAAGUACUUUGUAGUGGUCAGAUAUCCAAAAAACGAAAAAUAACACAAAUGAUCCUAAAAAAGAUUAAUGAUGUUACCGACGAAUACGUGUUAGUAAACUCACCAGGUAAUUUUCUACAAGGGGUUCAAAUAUUUGUAGCAAAUAUGCUAUCUCUGUGGCUAGAAAAACCCAUAAAUAAUAUCUGCAGUAAAGGUAAUAAUAAUAAAGGCUUAAAAAACAGAAACACAAUGAAUGACAUUGUGAAACAAAGAAAUGGUAUUAAAACAAAACAUUCAAAAAACAAUACAGCAGAUCAAAAUAAAACAAAUAUACUCAAAUUAAAAACCGCAAUAAAAGUUAAAACUAACCAAAAAACAAUAAAGAUAAUACAUCUAACAAAGUUGAGAAUCAAACAAUUGAUAUUGAAACAAAGUAAAUUUACAAAACCCAUCGUUAAAGACAACUUGUCUUCACAAAACUCAAAAAAAGCUACAAACAAAAUAAAAACAAAUAGAAAAUCAAAAAAAGGAUUAAAAUCAAAGUCAAUAAUUGGUGCAGUAAAUGAUUCACAAAAAAUUAUUGAAAAAAAUGAAAUGUUAUCAAAUGUACUCGUAAGGCGUUCAGUCAGUAAAACUACAAUCAAGAAGAAAAUAAAAAAUAAGUUGAAUAAGUUUGGUAAAAAUAACCAAAAACCCCAAAAAAAUAAAAUUUCAAAAACUAUUGUAAAAGGUAAAUUGUCUCUGCAAAACUUAAAUAAAGCUACACAAAAAAUAAAUACAAACAAAAAAUCUAAAAAUGGUUUGAAAUCAAAAUCAAUAAUUAGUGCAAUAAAUGGAUCAAAGAAAUUUAUUGAAAACAAUGAAAUGUUAUCAAAUUCUGUUCUCGUUAAGCCUGCAGACGAUAAAAAUGCUAGUGAGACGAAUAUAAAAAGUGAAAAGAACUCGAACAUUCCCGACGAUGAAAGUCAUAAUAACACAAAUGGUCGUGACAAGUACAUAAACGGGAAAAAUAGUAACUAUAGACCAGUGAUAGGCAAUAAAAAAUUAUCGGAUUCGACAAAACAACUACAUAAUGAAAAUACAUUCGAAGCAGACAACAACGGCAAUAAGGAAAAUGAUUUUAUUAAUAACGAUGCUCUUGAUUUUGAAUCUCUUAGACCAGCUAUGGAUGCGGAAAAAAUUCACUCGAUGACCGCCAUGAAUCAUGAUGGAAGAAAUGACGAUGGUCAUAGAAGUACAGCAAUGGAUGAUCGUUACAAGUCGCAUUAUGACAGUGGUGGCAAAUUAUUAUUAGAACACGGUGGUGAAACGACGCCUGCGAUAUCAAAUGGAAUAUCAAAUAGCUAUAAUAAUAAUAAUGUAAAUGAAGAAGGCAGAAUGCUGAAUGUGACGGAUAUUAGUGGACAUACCUUGAGGGUGACCGAAUAUUUGUUAGAAGAAAAAUAUGAUACUAUCUUAUUGAAAGAUGAAGAAUUAUUAAAAUAUAAUGACAACCAAUCGCACAACAUUGAUGAUGAAGGUUACAGUGAUUUGAAUACAGAUUGUGAUAAUGGCUUUGACGAUGAUGACGGACAUCAUAUUAUAGUUAUGAACGAGGAUGGAAAAGAAUUUGAGUCUCGCGUUUUGGAUGAUCUCGUGAACAUGUUUUUGGAUAGUUCAUCGGAUGGCUGGAGUAAUAAACACGAUAAUGCUACCAAAGUUAUAGAAUCGAGAAGAGAUGAAUCUAAACAAAAUUGUUUUCAGAGAUGUGCUGAUGGUUAUACACAAAAAUUAGUGAAUAAUUUUAGAAAUAAAGAGUCAAAAAAUCAGGAAGUUUGUGAUCAAAGUAAAGGAGUUACCUAUAACAUCUGUAAAAAAGAUGGCAGCAAUUACAGUGUUCGCAAGACAAUAUUGCCAAUGCGCAGAAAUCAAGAUCAUCGAUGUACAAUGUGUUCAUUAGAUAAAUCAAAAUUAGUAGUUAAUACAUUAAUUAAAUUAAAGUACAAUUGGCAAACCAAAUUGAAAGAUAUUGUUGGUAUUAAACAGUGUCCUGAAGAAGACGAUGGCAAGUUAAACGAAAAUGAUUAUUCAUCAUCAUCGUCAACUUCUUCAUUUUCAUGCCCCAAGUCUGAACGAGAACUUUUUGAAUUUGAUCUUUCCUAUGACGCUUAUAGAAGCAUUUUACCUACAGUUGUUGAUUAUAAACGAAAAAGUAGUUCAAGGCAGUAUAAUAUACUUAAACCUAACGCUUGGACUGAUGUUUUCAAUGAUACAUUCAUAACAAAGUUUAAAUUACCAUGUAACUUUAUAUAUAAGCGUGCAAAGGUUAGUAUUAAUCCAAGUCAAUGUGAAAAUUAUAUUAGAUUUGAAGGUAAAUGUAAGGAAGAUAGUUGCAAUGCCCAACUCACUGGUUGGUGUAGAGAUAAGCCAAAUGAGGGCGAACCAUUAAAAAUAUCAAUCCUCACGAAAAAUACAAUAGGACAAGAAAAUAAACAUACAGGUAAAACGCCAUUAAAAGGGGAAAAGCGUAAAGCGGUUGGUAUCGAGCUUUCCAGUGAUUUGGCGUGCAAUUGGAGACGAAAACCCGUAGGAGAUUUAGAAUUUGGACGACUUUCACCGCCAAAAUUAUACCGUAAUGAAGUAUUACGUAAAACAAAACAAGAAUACCGUGAUCGAGAAUUAGUAAUUACCACGAAAAAUGCCAUCGAGUCACUAGUAGAGUUCAAGCAUAAUUCUUCAUACUCAGGCUCAAUUCAUACGAUUGGUAUGGAUCCAUUUGUAGUUCAUUACUCAAAUAGGGUGGUGUCUUCUUACUGUUUAAUGCUUCUGCAAUCUAACCUAACCUAA